AUGAGCUUGAAGGAUGAGCUUACAAUUUGGUCGCGGGCUCUGGAAGCAUACGACCGAGAAGAUGUAGCUCAAGCGGUGAAGAGCUUUAAGACAAUCGCACAUACCUCAAAGAUACAGUUUAAUCUGGGCAUGAUUUAUGAUGCACUUGUUAUGAGCACAGAGGCGUUGAAAUGCUUCAACCGCGCCAGUGAGCUCGAUCAGUAUUUGGCUGUAUCCCACUUCCAAGCUGGUGUUUCGUACUUUAAGCAAAACGAAUUCAAUGCAGCUAUUCACAGCUUUUCUCUCUGCUUAGAGUGCUUGCACGAUAAUAUAACCAUGUACGCACUGUCCGCACUGUCCGCCACUUGUCGGCACUCACUGACGCCGGAUGUUUUCAGCACUUACACCCAGCUUGGUCUCAAGUACAGUCUUCAUUACGCUGAGGUUCAAUUCAACCUUGGUCUCUGCCUCAUUGCCGCCGGUCGCAGAGAUCACGGUCUUAAUAAACUUCGCUUGGCACUGAUCAAAUCUGAGAAACCAGAGCACGCGGUCAUUAGUAAGGUGUUAAACAAUGGCGGGAUUGCCACUUCUCUCUUCGCAGUUCCUAUUGGUACGCUGUUCCAACCACCAGAGGAUAAGAUAAAGAAUAUGGAUGUCAAAGAUUAUCUCGGCCGAAGUCAACUUAUCAGCACCUCCCACUCGUACGACCUCUCCACUGACUUUGCCGGUGUCAAACUCGUCGAUCACAAGGAAAGUAUCAGCAAUCGCAUCGGGAAUUUGGAAAGAUCAAAAACAGCUCCAUCUGCGAAAACUGAAUCAACAUCUAUACCAAUUUUACGCUCUAAAACAUCAUUCAGAGCCAACCUCGAAAGCAGCAUAUAUCCCAAGUCAGCCGUUUUCACAGAAGAUAUUUUAACCGACGAGACUACUGAUAGAACUUCAAUUUCUGAAUCUAUUUCAAAUCCUACUCAAAGUCAUAUUCUUGGUCGAGCAUACUCUGAAGAUAACAACCAUUUCCAAAACCAUAAUAGUGAAAUGUACUUUACGCGUAGGCAAUUCGAGCAACCAGCCGCUGAGCUUGAGACAAACAUGUUAAACGGCCAAGUUAGUGAUUUACACAUUGCGCUCGACAUGAAGCGUUCUUCACCAAUUCUCACUCUCCCACUACACAAAUCCAGAUCACCGCCACUACCAACACCAUCAACGUCGGCAUCUUCGGAGGAUAGCGAAAGGAGCUUUAAGAACGCGAUGGAUGAGAAGCUUAAUCUUAAGCCAAAGUCUACGCGCCCAACGUUCAUCAAUCGUUCAUUCGGCACACUCAGAACAAAGUCAUCGAAUCUUAUAAACACUAAACGCAGCUCAACAUCAAUACCAAAGGGUUGGCCAUCUACAUCUGAGAACGGUACUGGGACUCCAAUGGCCGUGUCACCAAUUGGACCCAUCUCAUCGCCCUUGCCAGGCUCAUUCGUUAGCACGGGACCAGGUACUGCCCGCGGCACACCUUCUGAAUCCGAUACACCAACGUCGACUUUCCUCGAGUACAAACGUAGUGUACCUUCAUUCAACAUAAGGAUUAAGAUUUUCUUGAAUGAGGAUGUUAGAGGUAUGAUUCUUUCCGCCUAUGAAACGUCGUAUGAGAAGUUCAGAAGCAAUGUACAUGCCAAGUUUCCCCACAUCGAAGCAGACAGACUGGCAAUCAGGUUUAAGGAUGAGAAUGAUCUGGUUACUAUCCUCGACGAAUCCGAUUGGGAAAUGGCUAUUGAGUGUGCACGCGUAGAGGCAGAGAUGAGAGAACGAUCUUAUGGAUCGUUGGAAGUUCACUGCGCGCAGAGAGUACGUGCACGUGGAUGA